AUGUGGUAUCACCAGCUUCCUCAAGCUAGGCUUGCAGGACCACAUGAGGACUUCCAGGAGAUGGUUGCUCAAGUACAAGGUAAUCACUGUCAAAAGGAGUUGGAAAAAUUGUUUAUGAUUGCUUGGGCAUAUUGGUAUAGAAGGAAUCAAUGGGUAUUUGAGGAAAACCAGUUGGAAGCAGUAGAGGUAAUCAAUCAUGCUAUUUGUUUGCACAAGACUUAUAAGACAAUGAAAGGCCUUAAUCAUAGUAGUAUUCAAAGAAUGACCAAGUGCCAAUUGCCUCCACAAGGAAUGACAAAGCUCAAUGUGGAUGGAGCAAUUUUUCAUGUUGAUGGCAAUGCAGGGGCCAACCUCAUUUUAAGAGAUUGGGAGGGAAAGGUGCUACUGGAUGUUAGUAAAAAAGAGGCAGCAGUAAUGGAGCCUUUAGAGAUUGAAUCAAGUGCCAUAUUGAAAGGAUUGCAAUUUUGUAUUCCUUUUGGUUUGCAAUCUUUAAGCAUUGGGAUAGACUCUUUGAUUUUAGCUCAAGAGUUAUCAAAAUCUGACUUGUCCAAUUCUAUGUUUGGGAAUGUGGUUACAGAUAUCAAGCAGAUGCAUACUCGAAUACCAAUUUGCUCAAUUGUGCAUGUCAAUAGGGAAGCAAAUGAAUCAGCAUAUAGACUAGCAAGGUUUGCAAGAAAUGUUAGUGAUACAAGUGUAUGGUAG